AUGUAUCUAACCUUGAACACAACCAACUUAACAUUGCAAUUUGGACAGGCAUGCGAUGUUGUCCUAAGAAAUUUGCAGUUAAAAAAGGAGGCUCUUGAUAAAUUUGAUUUGCCUAUUGAAGUAUUAGAAGGAUAUUUGGGCGAACUGACGCUAAAUAUCCCAUGGUCAAAUCUCGGGAAUAAGCCUGUCAAAGUCUUUAUAAACAAUGUCUAUCUUCUUGCAGUCCCGAGGGCCGAAUCAGAGUACGAUCCUGAGGAGGAAGAGCGACGCGCUCAACAACUUAAGGAAGAAAAGCUUGCAAAUGCAGAACUAUUACAGACACAACCUGGUUCAGAUAUUUCUGAGGAUAAACUCAGCGAUCCUGGGCACCCUUUUGCCGCAGGGUUAACGCUAUCAGAAUUUUCUGCAGUCUCUACCGACGCAAAUUGGAAACCAACCUUCAUCGAAGGAGAAACCAAAACAAUACACAAGUUGAUCACAUUAGGUUCUUUGGCUAUUUAUUGGAAUACAGAUUCAAGGUCUCUUGCGGGAAAUAAACUUGUGGAUGCAAUUCGUUUGUUUACUCAACUGAUUGCAUCCGAAAAAAAUGUUCCGACUGAACAUCAAUAUAUUUUAAAACCUGUUUCAGGCACUGGUCGUGUAACGAUGAACAAACAAGUUGACUUAAAUACACCGAAAAACUCUGUAACCCUUUUAUUUGAUGAACUGGGAUUUGUUCUCGAUGACGAGCAAUACCGUGAUGCUCUAUUAAUGAUUGGAUUAUUCCAUUUCUAUCUAAGGCAACAACAGUAUCGAAGAUUCCGGCCACUCAAAGAAAUAACACCAAAAAAAGAUCCACGUGCAUGGUUCCAAUUCGCGAUAAACUGUAUAGUUUCAGAAAUUCACGAGAAAAAUCGAAAGUGGACGUGGGAGUAUCUCGCAGAACGUCGAGAUGAUCGAAAAGCAUAUAUUGAAUAUUAUAAGAAUAAAAUGCUAGCACGAUUGCCAGUAGACGAUUAUCCAAAACUCGCAGCCUUAGAAAGAAAACUAAGUUUUGAAGAUAUUCGUUUUUACCGAUCGAUCGCCAGAUCAAAAUUACGGAAAGAGAAAGCAAUAAUUGCCCAAACACAAAAAGAACAGCAACGUAAACAGCCACGUGGAUGGCUUAGUGGUUGGUGGUAUGGAGGACAAACAGAUGGUGGUUCUACCACAGAUACCGAUUCUGGAUCUGUACUGACUGAUGCUCAGCGACAGGAAUUAUAUGAUGCAAUCGACUUUGACGAAAAAGCUGCUGUGGCCAGUACCAUUGAUAUACCACGAGAGGCUAUAAAGCUCUCUCUCAAAACACAACUAAAAACCGGUUCUUUCGCACUAAAACAAGACCCACACAGAAAAAAUAACACAAUAUUAUGUCUAACUUUCGACAACGUGACAACGAAUUUCAUUCAGCGUCCAGACUCCUUUCUGGCUGAAAGUGGUCUAGGCAGCCUUGUUGUUGAUGACGGAACGACUGAAGGAACGUUAUUUCCGCAAAUAGUUCGCGUAAAAAAAGAUUAUAAACCCGACGAAACUUACAAUGAUUAUGGAAAUUUUGGGGAUCUCGAGAGUAAUCCAGCUAGUCGAGUCGGGAUUGAUCAGAAUAACGAGUGUCCUUUCUUCCAGCUUGUGUUUGAAAGUAAUCCCUUGGAUGGGCGCGCUGAUAACGGGUUUUCGAUGAGAAUGCGACCAUUGGAAAUUGUGUAUAAUCAGAAUGCUAUUGAUUCUGUUAUACAAUUUUUCAAGCCGCCAGAUCAACAGUUGGAAUCAAUAACGACAUUGAUCGAAGCUGCGGGUGAUACAAUUGAAGGUAUUAAAGCUCAAACCAGAGCUGGUUUGGAAUAUGCAUUGGAGGAGCACAAAACUUUUGAUGUAAAAAUUGAUAUGAAUGCACCAAUAUUAAUCAUACCCGAUAGCUGUACGAGAAAAGAUGCUCAGGUGGUAGUCUUGGAUUCUGGUCAUAUUCGGGUACAAAGUAAUCUAGUCAGCAAAGAAGUCAUAGCUGACAUUCAGUCAAAGGCAAACACAAGUUAUAGCGAUGAGGAUUAUAAGCAUUUAGAGUCAUUAAUGUAUGAUCGAUUUUCGAUAGAUCUGUCUUCGACUCAGGUUUUAGUUGGUCAAUCAGUCGAACGUUGUCUCGAACAAAUUAGAAAUCCAAACACCAACCAUGAUCUUCAUCUCAUUGAUCGCAUGAAUUUACGGUUCUUAUUCGAAAUGUCUAUUUUACCGCAUGCAUCAAACUUAACAAAAUUCAAAAUAUCAGGACAUUUACCCCUAUUAAAAGCGAAUUUCUCCGAUCGAAAGUACAAAAUUGUGAUGAGAAUAGUUGAUUUAAUUACUCCAAAAAGUGAAGAAGCCAAAGAAACAGAAACAGAACCCGAAAUCAAACCUGAAGUGCAAAAAUCUAUAAAAUCUUCGCAGCAUCAAGCGGCUAAACAGCAAAAUGCGUGGGAACUUGGAUACCGAGAUUCUCGUGUGAUACGUGAAAGAUUGGGGCUUUCUAAAGUGGAUGCCGAUUAUUAUAUUGAUAGUGAAGAAGAUGAUGCUGAGGAGAAUGAGUUUUUUGAUGCGGAAGAACAAGAGCUGCCACAAACCGCAAAAGUAAAUCAACGGAUAUUCGAGUUCAAAUUCAAAGUUGACAGAUUCUCUACAACUGUGAAAAAAGCAAAUCGAGAUCCGAAUAAGCCAGAAAAGUUAUUAGUCGACAUGGUGUUAGAACAUUUUAAUUUAGAUUUUGUUCUUCGUCCGUUUGACAUGUCGGCUGAGAUAUUCCUCAAAUCACUGAGUAUUGAAGAUAAAAUGUCAUAUUCUGGAUCAGAGUUUAAGCAUCUGGCUGCUUCAGAAGGAUACGGCAAUAGUCAACCCGGCGAUUCUAGUAAUCUUGUACACAUUAAAUAUGCUAGCGUCAAUCCAAACUCGCCCGAAUAUAUGACGAAAUUUGAAGGGAUAGAUCAAAGUGUUGAUAUAGAGUUAUCAACUAUUAAUGUUAUUAUUACGCGUAAAAGCAUUUUAACAUUAUACAACUUUCUCUUGGAUACAUUUACUGCGCCUCCAGGUACACCUGUUUCUGCAGCUUCACCGAAUCCAGAGGCGUCAUCUGAUUCUAAUCAGGCCCAGAAAAAGGUACAGCAACAAAGUACUAUGCGCGUGAAAGUACGAUUAAAUAGUAUAGUAUUUAUUCUGAAUAAUGACGGUAUAAGACUCGCAACAGGAAAAUUAUCACAAGCAGAUGUAGCAGUCCUGAUGCGAUUAAACACGAUGCGUGUAGGUGCAAGAAUUGGCGGGUUUUCUUUAAUAGAAGAUAUCUCAAACACAUCAUUCCGAGAUUUGCUUACCAUCGAAGGAGAGGAUAUCGCUGUGUUCAAAUACGAAACAUAUGACGAAAGUGAACCCACAUAUCCUGGAUACGACUCUAUGGUAUAUUUGCGUACCGGAUCCGCAAGAUUAACAUUUCUUGAAGAGCCGAUACGUCUUUUACUUGAAUUCGGAAGUAAAUUUGCACAAAUGAAAGGUUUAUAUGAUUCUGCACGCAUGGCUGCAUAUGAGCAAGCUGCUCAAUUACAAGAAAAAGUACAGAAAUUUCAUUUUGACAUCGUUAUUCCCACGCCGAUCGUUAUAUUUCCAAUUAGUUCCAAUUCCAAUGAUUUGAUUGUGGCGAACCUCGGUGAACUUUCCGCAAUCAACAAGUUCUUGCCAAAUGGUGAAGGCGGUGGAUUCUUAACGCAAAUCAACGCAGAAUUGAAGUCUAUUCGUAUGACUUCACAGUUUUAUUCAAGGCAAGGGGAACUUCAAGAGUUGCAGAUAAUAAAAAAUGUCGACAUUAAUUUCAAAAUAUCAUCUUGUGAACAUGUUGAAGGGUCGUCGAGACCGGAUAUGGAGAUUAUUGGAAAAAUGUCUGAUGUGCGGAUGAAUUUGACCGAAAAGCAAUACAAAUCCUUAAUGGACUUGUCGAAUUCUUUCGAAACACAAUCUUCAAGUCAGCUUUCAUAUAGUAUGCCUUACAGUCCCACGCACAUGCCAAAACAAACCCCCGCUCCCAAACCUCAAGAUAAUGAGAAUGUAUGGACUUCCAUAGAUUUGACAUUUGAUGUUCAUCAAAUAUACCUAGAAAUUUUUGAGGGGGAUGUAUCUCAAGCUCAAACGCUUGCAGAAAAGAGUUUAUCGGUAUUCUCGCUUAAUAAAACGGGUCUUAAACUCAAAAUGCUUACCGAUGGGUCAAUGGAUGCGGACUUACGUCUUCAAUCUGUCACACUUAAUGAUACGAGGCCCAAAAUAAAGAAUGUGUUUAGAGAGAUUCUGCCUGCGAACAAUAAAGAAAGCCCGCAAUUUUCAGUCAAUUUACAACAAUCUGGUGGCACCGAGAAGUUUAUGUUGGCUUUUGUUAAAGUGGAUAGUCCCAAAAUAAUUUUUGCGUUAGAUCAUCUGUUUGCAGUAAGAGAUUUCUUUAUGAGUGCAUUUGAUGCGCAACCAUCAACCGAAGUAACGCAUCCGGAACCCAAGCAAAUAACUGCAUUAAAAAAAUCUGCGACCGAACCAUAUCCGAUUCCGCCACCAAAACCUCCGAGACCUUCACGUCAAUCUACUUUUCAAUCAGGAUCAUUGACCCCAUUACAACAAAAUGCUUCACCACAAAAAGAACCUGAACAAAUUUCAGAGGAAGCAUCAACUCUAUCCUUGAACUAUCGUGUAAAUAUUGCAUCUGCUGAAAUAAUACUCUUAGCAAAUCCCGAGAUUGCCAAUACAGAAGCGAUUAUCCUCUCGGCUAACCAAAUUGUCGUCACACAACAAGGAAUCAUGGCAUUAGGUAUCUCGAAAUUGGGCAUGUUUUUAUGUCGAAUGGAUAAACGAGAUGCCACUUUAUUACGAUGGAUUGAUAAUUUUGAUAUUUCAAUGUCGAUGGAUAAUCGAACAUCGAAGCCUGGUCAACAAUCCACAGAAAUUAAUAUUGAGGUCACAAAUAUGAUUAUGAGAGUAUCCUAUCGAGAUGUCAUGCUUAUUAUGUCAAUAUUAAAUAAAUUAUCUGAGCUGUCAUCACAGUCGGCGGUUGCAUCUUCAACUGACGAGAAAGUUUCUGAGAUGGAAAGUUCAUCCAGUGGAGCUUUGUCACGUUCUUUUGACUAUAGUAAUUUCAACAUGAUUAAAAAAGAUCAGAAUACUUCUGGCGGUGGAACAAACGAAAAACUGAAUUUAGCAUUAAGACGUGAAAAGCUCAUAGCAAAAUUUCAAGGUACUCAACUUAUCAUGAUUGGUGAUGAGCAUGAUAUUCCAAUGAUAGAUAUGAAUGCAAAUGAGCUUAAAAUUGAUGUGUCUGAUUGGUCAUCAGAGAUAAAAGUUGAUACAACCAUUUCCUCUCGUGUCAAUUAUUUUAACUUAACAAAUUCGCAUUGGGAACCAUUAAUAGAACCAUGGCAAUACACAUUACAUGCGUCAAAAUCAACUAACGAAGGCCUUAUAAUCGAUGUCUCAUCUCAAAAAAGAUUGGAAGUCAACAUCACUCACAUUUUCUUAGAAACUAUGUUAACUAGUCUCUAUAUUCUGGGUCAACAGCGAGAACAUGUAUUGGACACAGCAAGAGGAUCACGUACGCCCUAUGUAUUACGAAAUAGGACAGGUUAUGAUAUGCACGUGUGGGCUGUUUCACCAAAUGACAACAAUGAAGCAGUUAUUCAAAAAUUAGCUGAUGGUCAUGAUACUAAUUGGCGAUUUGACGAUUGGCGAAAAACGCGUGAGAGUAUGACCAUCACGAAGAACAUGCUUGGGAUCCAAUUCGAAGGAGCCCUCUGGGAAAGCAUUAAAGACAUCCCUGUAGAUCGAGAGGGCGAGACACUAUAUAUACUUCGCCCAAAGUUAAACAAAGUAUCACAUCGAUUAGUUUGUGAUAUUAAAUUGAAAGAAAACAUUAAAUAUGUGACUUUUCGGUCGACGCUUGUCAUUGAGAAUCGUACAUUUCUUACUGUCGAAAUGAUGGUAGUGGAUUCUCAAGGUCAAAAUGUGUCGAAAGUUUAUCAGAUUGCGCCGGGCGAAGAUUGUCCUGUGCCGAUCGAGUCAACUUAUCAUCAUAAAUUAAAAUUUAGACCUGAAGGCGGAUUUGGAUACGAUUGGAACGUCGCUAGUAUAUACUGGGAAGAUUUUCUGAAAAAAGAUCCAAUAAGGUCGAUUUCGUGUAAAUCGAUUCGAAAAGAGGUCCCCUUCAGAUUUCAAGUAAAUGCUCUUUAUAAAAAGAAUAAUCCGAUACUCAAAGAAUACCCUCACAUGAGCAUCCGACUCAAUGCACCCGUACAAAUCGAAAACUUGCUUCCAUACGAUUGCAAAUUCCGUAUCUUUGACAAAUCUACAAAAUAUGAUUGGCCAAAUAAUUUUUUGAAAAAAGGAGGUGCUGACGCGUUACAUUUAAUUGAGUUGGGACAUCUUUUGUUAUUGAGCGUUGAGGUUCAAGAUACAGACUUUAGACCCAGUGAAUGGGCGAUCAUAAGUACUCCUAAUGAAGAUUUCAAAAUAGAUGAUACAUUGACGCUUACAGACCCUGAAGGAUUGAAAUUAAAUCUUCGAAUAUUAUAUCAUGAAAUCCCAGAUUCUGGAGGAGCAUAUAAAUACACUAUAUACAGUCCUUAUGUAAUGAUCAAUAAAACCGGGCUUGACAUGGUAUUCAAAUCACAGUCACUCUUGCAAUCAGCGAAAAUUGCUGCGGGACAAGGAUGGCGUCGACAAGCUCAUCAUGCUAUGCCAUAUAUGUUUUCUUAUCCGAGUGAAGAAAUACGAAAUCGUGCAUUAUUGAAAGUUGGCGAUUCAAAUUGGAGUAGGCCAUUAAGUUUCGAGGCAGUAGGUAGUUUUAUGGAAGUAGUUAUACCAUCUGCUCAACGCAUGGAAGAAAUCCAUAUCGGUGUUAGUGUACAAGAAGGCCAUCAAAAAUACAAACAUAUCAAAAUCGUCACUUUUACUCCGCGAUUUAUUCUGAAAAACAAUAUGAAUGAAAAUUUGAAUUUCCGAGAACCAGGGUCCUCAAAUUUUGUUCUUUUGCCCUCGAAAGACCGUGCUGCACUUCAUUUCCUUAAACAAGGAGACCUUAAACAAUUGACUAUUUGUUAUCCGGGACUUAGUAAUCCAUGGUCCGCACCGUUCAAUAUUAACGAAUUGGGUCGUGUUCAUGUGAAAUUGGGGAAAAAAGACCAAGAGCCUGGACUCAUCAGAACAGAGAUAUUACUAGAAGAUGCGACAAUAUUCAUUAUAUUUAGCAAAGAAGAAGGAAAAUGGCCAUAUCGUGUUGAAAACUUUUCGGAUGCUGAUAUUGAUCCGCAUCGACGUGAAUCUUCAGCUUCAAGGCUAUCAAUGCCGAGAUAUCAACUGGCACCAGCAAAUUCAGCCCCAUAUUCAUGGGAUUUCCCUGCUAUAAAAGAUAAACGGCUAGUACUAAAUAUAAAUGAUCACGAAAGAAUAAUAAAUAUCCAGGAAAUCGGGUCACUAGUGCCAUUCAGAUAUCCGUCAAAAGAAGGCGGCCAUAAAGUGAUAGCUAUCGAAGUUGUGGCUGAUGGACCAACACAAGUUGUAUAUUUAUCCAACUAUAAACAAUCUGAAAGUAUAUUUCGACCUUUAUUGCUUUCUUCCAAAGCUUCUACAAAAACAGAUACUAGCUCAAAAGAGGACGGAUUCGAAGCGAUUGCCGUGGAUUCUGUUAAUACCCUUCUAUUCCAAGUCAAACUUGAAGGAAUUGGUAUCUCAAUAAUCAAUAAAAGAAUGCAGGAACUUGCUUAUGCAUCUAUGCGUGGAAUGGAAUUGAAGUAUAGCGACUCGACGCUAUAUCAAUCAAUAAACUUUGUGGUUCGAUGGUUACAGAUUGACAACCAAUUAUAUGGCAGUCUCUAUCCAAUUAUAUUAUAUCCAACUAUUAUUCCUAAAGAUAGCAAGGGAGUAACCCACCCUAAUUUCCAAUCUAAACUUAUUAAGGCCAAAGAUGAUUCACAUGGUGUCAUAUACAUCAAAUAUUUCUCGAUACUGUUGCAAGAAAUGACUUUUGAAAUUGAUGAAGAUUUCUUGCAACUCUUUGACGGAAGUCUUGACAUCCCGGAACCAAAAUCAAACGAAGGCGAUGACCAACUGUAUUUUGAAGUAUUGCAUAUUCAACCAAUGAAAAUUAAUAUAUCUUUUGUGAGAACGGAAAGGAUUAAUGUUGAGGAUAAACCUGCACCUCGUAAUCCAAUUAUGUUUUUCUUUAACGUAUUAACAAUGGCAAUUGGAAAUAUUAAUGACGCGCCAAUAAAGUUGAACGCCUUGAUCAUGGAAAAUUUGCGAGUUAGUGCGCCAGUGCUCAUAGAUCGUAUUAGACAACAUUAUGGAGAAGAAUUUUUCUACCAAGUGCAUAAGAUAAUUGGAUCAGCGGAUUUCUUGGGAAAUCCUGUCGGAUUAUUCAAUAAUUUAGGAUCCGGCGUGGCAGCUAUCUUUUAUGAACCAUAUCAAGGUUUCAUUAUGAAUGAUCGACCUCAAGAUCUCGGAAUUGGUCUGGCAAGAGGAACUGCAAGCUUUUUCAAAAAGACAGUAUAUGGAUUUAGUGAUAGUGUCUCGAAAUUUACAGGAAGUAUUGGCAAAGGUCUUUCUGCUGCCACAUUAGAUAAAUCAUUCCAAGAUCGUCGACGAAUGGCUCAACUCCGUAAUCGACCUAAACAUGUAUAUUAUGGUGUCAAGCAAGGAGCAAAUUCUUUUAUUACUAGCAUUGAAAGCGGGAUAGAGGGAUUAGUGCGAAAACCAAUUGAAGGGGUCGAAAAAGAAGGUGCUGCUGGUUUAGUCAAAGGAUUUGGCAAAGGGCUUGUUGGAUUUGUAACUAAGCCUGUUGUCGGUGUGUUUGAUUUAGCAAGUAACAAUGAUAUCGCACCCGUCAGACUACCACGAUAUGUUGGACGCGAUGGCAUUCUAAGGCCGUAUGAUCUUAAGGAAGCCGAGGGUCAAUAUUUAUUAAAAGAAAUCGAGGACGGAAAAUAUUUUAAUGAGGAGUAUUUGGCACAUCUUGCAAGACGACAUGACAGUUUUGUUAACGCGAACGCGCAUCAUGCAAAUUCGAAAAAAGAAAAUGAAGAUGGAGUGGGAGAUCUUCAAACCGUUUCUCUACAACCUGCUGGUAUAUUACUAAUACUGCGAAAUAACAAUCCUGGUCCAUUUAUUCCGGUACCGGAUAAGGAUAGCAAAGAGUUGUUUGAAAAACAUGUGGAAGAGAUAAUUAAUGAGUAUAACACGGAGAAAAGAGCUAUUGAAUAA